AUGUUCAUCGGUGGUUUGAAUUGGGAGACUACAGAUCAAUCAUUGAGAGACUAUUUCUCUCAAUUCGGAGAGGUCCAAGAAUGCACUGUUAUGCGGGACAGCGCCACUGGUCGCUCCAGGGGGUUUGGAUUCUUAACUUUCCGGGACCCCAAGACUGUCAACACUGUGAUGGUCAAGGAGCACUACUUAGAUGGAAAAAUUAUCGACCCAAAGCGUGCGAUUCCCCGUGAUGAGCAAGAGAAGACGAGCAAGAUCUUUGUCGGUGGCGUGAGUCAAGAAGCGAACGAACAAGACUUCAAGUCAUUUUUCAUGCAGUUUGGCCGCGUCAUCGAUGCCACAUUGAUGAUAGACAAGGACACUGGCCGUCCCCGAGGGUUCGGUUUCGUGACGUUUGAUAGUGAGGCUGCCGUUGAAGCCGCUCUCUCGCGGCCCUUGGAUAUUCUGGGAAAGCCCAUCGAAGUCAAAAAAGCUCAACCAAGAGGCAACCUGCGUGAUGAAGAAGACCGCCGGAAUCGCCGUGGCAGGGACGCUUUCCGAGAGAACAGCCAGGUCGGUAGUGACGGUGGCCAGCAACAGCAGGGCUCUCAAGGUUCAGGCGGCAUGGGUGCAGGUCUCACCCCGCAGAUGAUGGCGCAGUAUUGGCAACGAAUGCAGCAGUAUUUCGCGAUGAUGCAGCAGCAAAUGGCUGUCAACCAAGGCCAGGGCAUGGGGGGAAUGGGAAUGGGCCCAAUGAACCCGGCUAUGAUGCAGCAGAUGCAAAUGAAACAGAUGCAGCAAAUGCAGAUGGGUAAUAAUCAGCAGCAAGGCGGAAUGAGUCCUCCCUCCCAGAGCCCUACUCCUCAGAUGCAGAACAUGAUGAAUCCUGCUAUGAUACAGCAGAUGCAACAGAUGCAGCAAAUGCAGGGCCAGGGACAGGGCCAAAGUAACAAUGGCGGAGUCCCAGCAAAUGCCAUGGGUGGUGGUGCUGCUGCUGGUGCUAGUGGGGGUGGUGCUGUUAACAACAAUGGCGGCGCCGCUGCUGGCGGUCAAGGGUCCGGCAACUUCACCGGCCCACGAGGAGGGCCAGGCUAUAAUGCUCACGAACAGAUUGCGUUCGAACAGCAAAAAUAUGAGCAGCAGCAGGUCCGCCGGGUCAUGGAAAACCGGGCUUUCUCUCCGUACCAACAGGGCGGCCCAACAUCGUGGGAGGGUAUGUACGACGAAGUGCCUCAACCGAAUAUUCCCACGGGACCCCAAGGUAUGGGCCGUGCUGGAAGCAUAGGACGUGGCACCACACCCCAGCCCCAGAGUGCAGCCCCGGCCAACGCCCCAACAGGCCCCAAGAAUGCCGGAAAACCAGGCGCGAACUACCGUGGUGGAGGACGUGGUGGACAUCGGGGUUUCCACCCUUACUCUCGAGGCUAG